AUGAGAUUCCUCCAACUCGCCGCCCUGGUGGCUGCCAGCGUCAGCCCGUUUGCGCAAGCAGCAGACGCAAACGCCUGGAAGUCGCGAAACAUCUACUUUGCCCUCACCGAUCGUGUCGCUCGAAGCGCCGACGAUACUGGUGGCAACUCGUGUGGAAAUCUCGGAAAUUAUUGUGGUGGAACCUUCAAGGGUCUCGAGUCCAAGCUCGAUUAUAUCAAGGGGAUGGGCUUUGAUGCCAUCUGGAUCACCCCUGUUGUUGCUAACACUGCUGGCGGAUACCACGGAUACUGGGCCAAUGACCUGUAUUCUAUCAACUCAAACUAUGGAACUAAGGAUGACUUGAAGGAUCUCGUCAAGGCUGCUCAUGCCAAGAAUAUUUACGUCAUGGCCGAUGUUGUGGCUAACCACAUGGGCAAGGGAAUCUCCGACCACAAGCCGGAGCCUCUAAACCAGCAGAGCUCAUACCACUCCGCAUGCGACAUCGACUACAACAACCAGAACAGCAUUGAGCAGUGCGAGAUUGCCGGCCUUCCCGACCUUAACACAGGAAGCGCAACCGUUAAGAAGGUUCUUAACGACUGGAUCAAGUGGCUGGUUACCGAGUAUAGCUUCGAUGGCAUCCGCAUCGACACCGUCAAGCAUGUUGAGAAGGAUUUCUGGCCCGACUUCCAGAAGGCUGCUGGUGUCUAUGCUGUCGGUGAGGUCUGGGACGGAAGCCCCGAUUAUCUCGCUGGAUACUCCAAGGUCAUGCCUGGCCUCCUGAACUACGCUAUGUACUACCCCAUGAACCGCUUCUACCAGCAGAAGGGAGACCCUCAAGCCGUGGUCGACAUGCACAACGAGAUCAGCACCAAGUUCAGCGACCCAUCAGUUUUAGCCUCAUUCAUUGAUAACCAUGAUAACCCUCGAUGGUUGAGCCAGAAGAACGACAAGUCCCUCCUCAAGAACGCCCUCGCAUUUGUCAUCCUCGCCCGCGGUAUCCCCAUCGUGUACUACGGAACCGAGCAAGGCUACGCCGGCGGCAACGACCCAGCCAACCGCGAGGAUCUCUGGCGAAGCAAGUUCGACACCAGCUCCGACCUCUACCAGACCAUCUCGCGUCUCUCCAAGGCCCGCUCUGCUGUUGGCGGCCUGGCUGCCAACGACCAGAAGUACCUCAUGUCUCAGGACAGCGCACUGGCCUGGAGUCGCGCCGACGGUGACCUGAUUGUGCUCACUCUCAACCGCGGACAGGGCUUCUCUGGAGAGUACUGCUUCAACACUGGAAAGAACAACAAGACUUGGGACAGAGUGUUUGGACAGGGUACUGUCAAGUCUGAUGGAAGUGGAAAGGUCUGCGUCAGCUACACCAACGGUGAGCCUGAGGUGCUAGUUGCUGCUAACUAG